GGAGAUGCGGGGGUUUUUAUCCAGCUUCGGCAUGGUUUUUCCUACCGAUACACUAGUUGAAGGACCGCAUGUACUUAGUACCGAGCGUAAUAAGAGCAAUAAUAAUCUUGUAUCGAUGAGAGGAAGCGGGGAGUUCAUAUCAUUGGUGUUGGUGAUGCUAACGGCCCUGGCGGGUAUAGACUCAGCGGCGGCGAAUACGACCUGAUUGGUCUUGAUCCUCGAGGAACCGGCACCACAAUCCCCCUCGUCUGCGCCAACAACACCUACACCAUGGGCCAGGCGUUCAACGAGAUCAGAUCGACCCUCCAGUCGGACACUUCGGAGCGACGAACCUGGGAGCGCGGCGCUGUCGACGCGUAUAUUUGCAAAGACGAGGGAAAUGCCGACGAGAUUGGCGAGUUUAUCGGCUCCGCUUUUGUUGCAAGGGAUAUGCUAAGCGUGGCCGAGGCCAUCGCCGAGGAUGGGUUGAUACGGUACUGGGGGAUCUCGUACGGAACCACGCUCGGAGCGACUAUUGCGUCCAUGUUCCCCGACAAGAUCGAUAGGAUGAUUCUCGAUGGCGUGUCCAACACCCGCGAGUACUAUCACGCGCACGCUGACUACGAACAAUGGUCCGACACCGACCUCGUCUUCCGCUAUUUCUUCGAAAGCUGCAUGACCGCGGCGCCCGGCGAAUGCGCCCUGGCGGCCUUCAACAAGACGGCCUCCCAGCUCCACGACGACGCGUGGGCGUUUAUCGACAGCCUGCGGGCCUCCCCCAUCGCAGCGGGCUCAGUGCUCGUCGACAUUGCAACCUUCAAGAACACCAUCCUCGGAGAGUUGAAAGGUGUGGGCGGAUGGCCCGCCCUGUCUGCCGUGCUGGCCAAGGUCCUUUACGGAAACGAAACCGAACGCAAAGCCGCCCUCCAAGGCCUUUUACAGCCAGGCACCGCAGCACAGGUUUCCGUCGCCACUUUUCCGAUUGUGUUUAGCCUGUACGGGAUCCAUUGCAGCGAUCGCACCGUCAGACUCGAUUCGUUCGAGGCCCUGGAAGAGGAUGGUGCUUUUAAGAGGCUCUACGAGGUCAGCAGGUUCGCGGGAGACACCGCCACCCAGAUCACGGCCCAUUGCGCCCAGUGGCCGUGGAAGGCGAGAGAGAUUUAUCAGGGGGAUUUCCAGGUCAAGACCAAAAGCCCGAUCCUCCUCGCGAGUAACACCCGCGAUGCCCAUACCCCUCUGAGGAGCGCGUUUAAUGUCAGCUCGGGAUUCGAGGGGAGUGCGGUACUUGAGGUGAACAGCACUGGUCACGGCACAUUCGGCGCGCCCUCCGUCUGCGGAUUCAUGGCCACCGUGGCAUACUGGCAGAAUGCCACGCUCCCCGAGCCGGGAAGCGUCUGUGAUGCCCCUCAUCCAUUCUCCGGUUACACCUGGGCCGACGUGCUGGCCGAGGUUAGUGGCCAGAGCGAGAACAACAAGCCGGCUAGCAAGCGGAUGAUGCAUCCGAGAUCGUGGACCUACAACUAAGGCACCCAUCCCGUCAAAACUUCCCAUUGAAGAGGGAAGAGAUUUGCAAAGAGAUGGGGAUUUGAGGGGAUCAAACUUCAGGGCCACAAUCCUUUAUCCUUUUUUUUCUUUCUUUCUGUCUUUUUCUUCUUUCUCUCUUGUAUUACUUUUAGAUCUUUCAACAGAAGCUGAAUGCUUUCUGGGUUUUGUUGU